ACGCGCAGGCGCAGUACGGGCCUGGGCGCACCAUGGCGGGCCCGGGGCUGGUGGCGGGGGAUGUUGUGGUGGAUGCGCUGCCCUACUUCGACCAGGGCUAUGAGGCGCCGGGCGUCCGGGAGGCGGCCGCGGCGCUAGUGGAGGAGGAGACGCGGCGGUACCGGCCCACCAAGAACUACCUCAGCUACCUGCCGGCGCACGACUUCAGCGCCUUCGAGACCGAGAUCAUGCGGAACGAGUUCGAGCGCCUGGCGGCCCGACAGCCCCUGGAGCUGCUUAGCAUGAAAAGGUACGAGCUGCCGGCGCCGUCCUCCGGGCAGAAGAACGACAUCACGGCGUGGCAGGAGUGCGUGAACAACUCCAUGGCGCAGCUGGAGCACCAGGCCGUGCGCAUCGAGAACCUGGAGCUCAUGUCGCAGCACGGCUGUAAUGCCUGGAAGGUGUACAACGAACAUCUGGUUCAUAUGAUAGAACAAGCCCAGAAAGAGCUUCAGAAGUUGAGGAAAAACAUUCAGGAUCUGAACUGGCAACGAAAGAACAUGCAACUCACAGCUGGGGCCAAGCUCCGAGAAAUGGAAUCCACAUGGGUGUCUCUUGUCAGUAAAAACUAUGAGAUUGAACGAACCAUUGUGCAGCUGGAAAAUGAAAUCUCACAAAUCAAACAGCAGCAUGGUGAGGCGAACAAGGAGAACAUCCAGCAAGACUUCCAGUGACUUCACCCUUGGUGUCUCACUGCAGCAUGUGUUAACACAAAAACCUUUGGAGAUGCUGUGUCUUUGUAGACAUCGUGAGUUGCAGUUGUGUGCAGUUAUUUUCAUUGUUUCUUUUUUUCAUUUCUAGGACUCAAAAUGCUCUGUUCAAAUGUGUUAUGUGCAUAGUUAAAUGUAUUUUAACUGGUUUGUGAAUUGUUUCACUUUUAAAUACCAAAUGUAGGAGCUCUUAAAGAAAAGCCUUUUCAUGAUUUUACAUUUUCCCCUAUGCCGUUAAUAAACACGGUUUUGCUAUCUGUA